AAUAAGCUAAUGAAGCUACUUCAGCGCCUACCCAGUAGUAUAGUCAGAAGACUGCAUCGUGAGCGCUAUAAGAAGAUGAGCUGGCUGACUCCUGUGCCCGAUAGCCAUAAGCUUACUGAUCAGGACAUAACAGAAUUUGUAGAAUGCAUUAUACAACCUGUCCUGCUGGCAAUGUUUAGCAAAACUGGAAGUUUAGAGGCAGCCCAAGCGCUACAGAAUCUUGCACUAAUGCGUCCUGAGUUGGUAAUCCCACCAGUACUUGAAAAAACAUAUCCCGCACUAGAGACAUUAACAGAACCUCAUCAGCUGACAGCUACGUUAAGUUGUGUAAUUGGUGUAGCUCGUAGCCUGGUAUCUGGGGGCAAGUCAUUUCCUGAAGGUCCAACACAUAUGUUGCCUCUGUUGAUGAGAGCAUUGCCUGGUGUGGAUCCAAAUGAUUUUAGCAAAUGCAUGAUCACAUUCCAGUUUAUUGCAACAUUUUCUACUCUCGUGCCUUUAGUGGAUUGUUCAUCAGUACUACAAGAGAGAAAUGAUCUUACAGAGGUGGAGAGAGAACUGUGCUCUGCUACUGCUGAAUUUGAAGAUUUUGUACUGCAGUUUAUGGACAGAUGUUUUGGACUCAUAGAAAGCAGCACAUUGGAACAAACAAGAGAGGAGACGGAAACAGAAAAGAUGACUCAUUUAGAGAGCUUAGUGGAACUAGGACUAUCUUCUACAUACAACACAAUCCUCACACAGUGCUCAAAAGAUAUAUUUAAGAUCACUCGUGUGGAUGGGAAGAAGUUGCUGCCAUACAGGGAGCAGCUUUUGAAGAUUCUGCAACGAACCCUCCAUUUAACCUGUAAGCAGGGUUACAUUCUGUCUUGUAACCUACUGCACCAUCUUCUUCGUUCUACUACACUUAUCUACCCCACAGAAUACUGCAGUGUGCCAGGUGGUUUUGACAAGCCUGUUUCUGAAUACUUUCCUAUCAAGGACUGGGGUAAACCUGGUAAUCUACAGAAACUUGAUAUUCAGUGGCAUGUUCCUUCAGCUGAAGAAGUUGCUUUUGCUUUUGAAUUGUUGGAUACGUUUCUCCAGCCAGAGCUUGAGAAACUGGACCAGUAUUCAGAUCGAAAUCUUGAAAUGUCCAGAGAUGAUGUUCAGCAGUGUCUUACUAUAGUACAUAAUUGCCUUAUUGGAUCAGGAAACAUGCUGCCACCUCUGAAAGGAGAAAAAGUGGCUCACAUGGUUCCAAGUCUAGUGUCAUUGGAAGAGAUCAAACUUUAUACCGGUGUUGAAUAUGAUUUGUCGAAAGAGAAUUACAGGGAAAGAAUCUGCAAAGUGACAAGAAAACUCCUACACUUUGUACUUGACAACUCGGAGGAUGAUACUAAGUCUUUGUUCCUAGUCAUUAAGAUCAUUGGGGACCUCUUACAUUUCCAAGGUUCACAUAAGCAUGAGUUUGAUUCACGGUGGAAAAGUUUUAACUUGGUGAAGAAAUCAAUGGAGAAUAGGCUUCAAGGCAAGAAACAGCAUAUUAGAGCACUGCUCAUUGACAGAGUCAUGUUACAGCAUGAGCUAAGAACACUCACUGUUGAAGGCUGUGAAUACAAAAAAGUACAUCAGAACUUGAUCAGGGACCUUCUUCGUUUAUCUACAAGUUCAUAUGGCCAGGUCAGGAACAAAGCUCAACAAGCCUUCUUCACAGCCUUGGGGACUUACAACUUUUGUUGCAGAGACAUCAUUCCUUUGGUUUUGGAAUUUUUGAGGCCAGAUGGGCACAGUGUCACCCAGCAACAAUUUAAAGGUGCCUUGUAUUGCCUUCUUGGAAAUCAUAGUGGAGUAUGUCUGGCAAAUCUUCAUGAUUGGGACUGCAUUGUCCAAACUUGGCCUGCAAUUGUGUCUUCUGGACUUAGCAAAGCAAUGUCUCUGGAGAAGCCAUCCAUAGUUAGACUCUUUGAUGACCUUGCAGAGAAAAUCCAUCGGCAGUAUGAAACAAUAGGACUGGAUUUUACUGUCCCAGAGACAUGUAUUGAAGUUGCAGUCCUCAUGCAGAAGUCAGUGGGUCAAAACGGUGAAUGUACCAGCCUUAGUUCAGAAGAAAUUGAGCUGGGAAUUCAGCGACAGAAAGAAAGGAAUGCCGAGUCCUCUCAAAAUUAUGAAAAUUUGAUAAAUAAGCUUCUAGAUUGUUUGAAUCAAAGAAAUCUCCCUUGGAAGUUUGAGCACAUUGGCAUUGGUUUCCUCUCCCUACUUUUAAGGGAUGACAGAGUGCUACCUGUAAGAGCCAUACAUUUUUUUGUGGAAUGUCUCAAUCAUGAUGUCUUGGUGGUUCGCAAGAUGGCAAUCUCUGCUGUGGCUGGUAUCCUUAAGCAGCUGAAAAGGCCCCACAAAAAGAUGCUCAUCUGUCCUUUCCAAAUCAGUGGAUCCCCACAGCCUUCUAAUAUCCAGGCAGGUGACAGAUCCGAUAACCAAUGGCUGCAUUAUGAGAGUGCUAGUUUACCAAAGACUAAACAAAGUUGGGAGGCCUGCCAUUUUGUGGAAAAAACACAUUGGGGAUACUACACUUGGCCUCAAAAUAUGGAAAUCUAUGCUUCUGCAGAAGAGCAACCAAAACUUGGGAGGAGUAGAAAGGAACUUUCAGAGGCAGAGCAAGUCAUUUAUGAUCACUUUUCUGAUCCUAAUUUUGUUGAGCAGUUAAUCAAGUUUCUUUCUUUAGAAGACAGAAAAGGAAAAGAUAAAUUUAAUCCACGAAGGUUUUGUCUCUUUAAGGGUCUGUUUAGAAAUUUUGAUGAUACCUUCUUACCUGUAUUGAAACCACACUUAGAACGUCUUGCUGAAGAUUCCCAUGAAAGUCCUCAACGCUGUGUGGCUGAAAUUAUAGCUGGUUUGAUAAGAGGAUCUAAACAUUGGACUUUUGAAAAGUGUUUUGACAUACAUCUUCAUGAUAGAUAUUUCUUUACCAAAUACUGCACUAACAAAGUCUCCCCGUGUCCAUGACUUCACUUCUCGAAUACUUGAAAAACUCAAACCUCUUAUGGAAGUGGAUGAAGAAAUUCAGAAUCAUGUUUUGGAAGAAAAUGGAGUUGGAGAGGAAGAUGAACGAACUCAGGGCAUUAAACUACUGAAAACUAUUCUAAAGUGGUUGAUGGCAAGUGCAGGGAGAGCUUUUUCUACAGCUGUUACAGAGCAGCUCCUGCUUUUGCCAUUGUUUUUCAAGAUUGCGCCUGUAGAAAAUGAUCAUAGCUAUGAUGAAUUGAAGAGAGAUGCUAAAAUGUGCUUAUCAUUAAUGUCUCAGGGAUUGCUAUAUCCUCAACAAGUGCCUUUGGUACUUCAGGUGCUAAAACAAAUUGCAAAGAGUAAUUCCUGGCAUGCUAGAUAUACUGUGCUAACCUACCUCCAGACUAUGGUAUUUUAUAAUCUUUUUAUCUUCUUAAACAAUGAAGAAGCUGUGAACAACAUCAGAUGGCUGGUUAUAAAACUAUUAGAAGACGAACAGCUUGAGGUGAGAGAGAUGGCUGCUACCACUUUGGGUGGUUUGCUCCAGUGCCACUUCCUGGAGAUUGAUACCCCUAUGCAGACUCAUUUUGAGCAGCUCUGUAAAAUGAGACUUCCAAAGAGAAGAAAACGAGACCUCAGUACUGUAGUGGAUACCAUUCCCCCUGCAGAUUUAGUUAAACGCCAUGCUGGUGUGCUUGGACUUAGUGCGUGUAUUUUGUCCAGUCCUUAUGAUGUGCCCACGUGGAUGCCUCAACUUUUGAUGGAUCUUAGUGCGCAUCUGAAUGAUCCUCAGCCUAUUGAGAUGACUGUAAAAAAAACAUUGUCCAAUUUCCGGAGAACUCACCAUGAUAACUGGCAGCAACAUAAGCAACAAUUCACUGAUGACCAGCUGCUUGUCCUUACAGAUCUUUUGGUAUCACCGUGCUAUUAUGCAUAAAAGAGUGAGACUGUGUUGUAAAAUCUGUACCCUUGGGCUAUCUUGGAAUGGUCUUCUUGAUAUCCAGCUUGACAUAGCAAAAUGUCACCUUUCAAACAGUGCCUUGUAAUUUUUAGACUCAUUAAAUGAAACCAAUACUGUCUGGCCUUUUCCUUCCUUCAUAUAAGAAUCUCUUUAGAAUUCUCGAUUAAAAAUAUAAAGUUUAAAUUUAAUAUCCUUUUGAUUGAAAUUGAAAGAAAAUAAUGAAAUAUAGAUGGGGCAUGUAUUGAAUAUGGUGUCAAAGACAUUGAAACAUAAUUUUUGCUAUCCCAAAGGUGCCUUUCAAAAGGCAACUGAACUUUCUUGGGUGCCGCCCCCCCACCUCCAGUAAAAACAUUUCACUUCUCGUCCUAGAAGCUCUUCAGUUCGGACUGAAUGGUGGGAAUAGAAGAAUUUAUAUUCUUUGCUGUCAUCUGGUUGUUAGUACUCUUAAGAGUUGUUGAGGCCACUUAGGGAUUUACUUGUACCCACCGGAUGACCUGAAUCAGCGUGAAAAUGGGUGUGAAUCUUCUUGGGACUGCUGAAGGGACUGUGUGGUAGAAACCAAGAAAAUCCAGUUGCCUUUUGAAAAGCACCUUUGGGUAACCAUGAUCUGGAUGAUUGAGAAUCUCCAUAGAUAACUUUUGCUAGUUUUCCAGUAUAUUAUAUUGAAAUCUGUUUAAAUUCAUCUUGCAUUAUAUCUAUUUUAUAUGAUGAUAAAAUGGAGUUUACACCAUAUUUACAUUUUAUGUGAGACUAGUAUGGAUAAUAUUUUGACAGCACUGCAUUGUGUUUGCAUGCGGUAGUAAACAGGAUGUGACCUUGAUAUAAUGAAGAACAACUGCACUGAUUUUACUGGCAAUCUGGUUCACUUGUUAUUCUCUUAAUAUAUAAGUUCUCAACUCAAAUGCAGUCCCACAGGCGUCUCAAGCAACUUGGAAGGGGGGCAUAUUUUUUUUAAAGAUUUGCACAGGUAAAGUCGGAAGAAAAGGCCCAGGUAUCAUUGGGAAGAUGACAAAACCUGAGAAUCUAAUAAUCUGGAAAAGGCAUACAUCAAUCAAAAGAGUUUUAUUUAACACAUUGUUUUAGCUCAUGACUGAGGUUGAACAAAUUUGUUUAUCAUUCAAGGGAUUAUGGUAUUGCAAAGUUUGAGAAUCCUUUAACUUUAAUGAAUUGCCAUGUGUAAAAUAUUUCAUUGUUCUGGAACCCCAGAAGAAGAACAAGAAAAGAGCAUCAUAUGAGGUCAGAAACUGGAGAGUGCUUGCUUUCAUGAACUUUGAAUUGAAUAGAGAGCUGCUUGCCAUUGUACACAAUUGGUUUACAAUCAUGAUAAAGUUUAUCAUUUUAGUAAAUAAAUCACAAAUAACUUGGUUUGUAAAUACAUAAACUCAUAUCUUAUCGUUUAUUUAUUAUUUAUUUUCAAGGCUUGUAUAGGUGGUUUCAGUCAACGAUCCACUAGCAUAAAACUCCUGAAAUCUGUAAUUGGGUACUAUAUAUAUAUGUGUAUGUGUAGUAUGUG